CACUGUUGAUUUGUUUUUUGGCCCUUAUAAAACCCUCCCCAUUUGCUCUCUCUGUCUCUUCAGGUACAUUUAUCUGAGAUCCCUCUCUCUCUGUCUCUCUCGGUAUCUCAUUUCCGUACCUCAACAGAUCCCCAUAAGAAAACAGUCACAAAAACAAAUACAAUGGCGCUCUCCAGCACUAGCUGCGUCAUUCCCACCACCAAAUCCUUCAUCCAACCCCAGCCCGCCUCUCACACUCACUUCCUACCUUCCUCCAAAUCCCACCAACCCACCUUCCCCAACAAGAAAACGACAUCGUUUUCCCCAAUCGUCGCCGUUCACGCCGCCGAGCCCGCCAAGAACCCCGUCGUCUCCGACAACAAGUCCCCGCCCGCAACGUCGUCGUCUUCUUCGAAAUCAGCGUCGAAGGUCAACAGCAGCAAUAAUGCGGUCCUCGGGAAAUGGAGCCUCGAGAGCUGGAAAUCCAAGAAGGCGCUCCAGCUGCCCGAGUACCCGGAUGCGGCGGAGCUCGAGUCGGUGCUCCGGACCAUCGAGUCUUUCCCUCCGAUCGUCUUCGCCGGUGAAGCCAGGAGCUUGGAGGAGCGCCUUGCCGAGGCCGCCAUGGGAAACGCCUUCCUCCUCCAGGGCGGCGACUGCGCCGAGAGCUUCAAGGAGUUCAAUGCCAACAACAUCCGUGACACCUUCCGGAUCCUCCUCCAGAUGGGCGCCGUUCUCAUGUUCGGAGGUCAACUGCCCGUUAUCAAGGUUGGGAGAAUGGCGGGUCAAUUUGCGAAGCCGAGAUCGGACUCGUUCGAGGAGAAGAACGGAGUGAAGCUACCGAGUUACAGAGGGGACAACGUCAACGGAGAUGCGUUCGACGCUAAAUCGAGGAUUCCAGACCCUCAGAGGAUGAUCAGGGCUUACUGUCAAUCGGCGGCGACUCUCAACCUUCUUAGGGCCUUCGCCACCGGUGGCUACGCCGCUAUGCAGAGGGUCACUCAGUGGAAUCUCGACUUCACCGAACACAGCGAGCAAGGAGACAGGUACCGUGAACUAGCUAACCGAGUUGAUGAGGCCCUGGGUUUCAUGGCUGCAGCGGGGCUCACGGUUGACCACCCGAUCAUGACAACGACUGAGUUUUGGACAUCCCAUGAAUGCUUGCUCUUGCCGUAUGAGCAGUCGCUCACUAGGUUGGAUUCAACUUCUGGCCUUUACUAUGAUUGCUCUGCCCAUAUGCUUUGGGCUGGUGAACGGACGAGGCAACUUGAUGGAGCCCAUGUUGAGUUUCUGAGAGGAGUUGCUAAUCCCCUUGGAAUUAAGGUGAGCGAUAAGAUGGAUCCAAAUGAGCUAGUUAAGCUCAUAGAGAUUUUGAACCCUCAGAACAAAGCAGGGAGAAUAACAGUGAUUGUAAGAAUGGGAGCUGAGAACAUGAGAGUGAAGCUUCCCCAUCUUAUUAGGGCAGUCCGCAGAUCAGGCCAAAUUGUCACAUGGGUCAGUGAUCCUAUGCAUGGGAACACCAUAAAAGCUCCCUGUGGUCUCAAAACGCGGCCCUUCGAUGCCAUCAGGGCGGAGGUGAGAGCAUUCUUUGAUGUGCAUGAGCAAGAAGGAAGCCACCCUGGAGGAGUUCACCUGGAAAUGACUGGCCAAAAUGUGACCGAGUGCAUUGGAGGAUCACGCACUGUGACGUUUGAUGACUUGAGUUCACGCUACCACACCCACUGCGACCCGAGGCUCAACGCCUCUCAAUCUCUUGAGCUCGCUUUCAUCAUCGCGGAGCGCCUUAGGAAAAGAAGAAUCAAGUCACAGCAAUCUACUACUGCUUCUUUGGGGCUGUAAAAUGGCUUUCCAAGGCUUUUCUCCAAUUCUUUUUCACCCUUUUUGCUCCCAUCAACUUAUUAGCUGCUGUCUUAUGAACAUAUUACUGUUUACUGGAUUCUAGUGUUAACUUAUGCUGCGACUUGCGUGUUGUAUGUGUACUGGAUAUGAUGGUUUGAGACUUUCAAAAGGAAAGGAAUAAAAUGGAAUUGCUAUUAUGGCGUUGAAGAAUUAAAAA